AUGCCAGACUAUCUCGCAGCAUUCGAGUGCGAUGCUUUCAUUGAGAGCAAUACGCAACUAGCCCGGGAACUGUCUACCGAAAGAAGCGACCGGGACGAAAGACUGCCCAGGGUGGGAGUGGGUACUCCGCCCCUCUCUUGGCCCGACAGCUACAUCGCCUCCGAUACCCAGAUCGCAAGGGAACUGGAUACCGCCAAUCAGCAGAGCUGGUUCGAGCUUUCCGACAAGCCAAUCGGCGGCUCAGUGCGUCACAAGCCCACGAGUCUGUCAAGCACUGGAUCCUACACUUUGCCUGCAAGUGGGCUUGCUUUCCGGAAACGACGGAGUGCCAACAGGAAGCGUGCAGUCCCGGCACAGAAAUGA